CAGAGUACAGAGAGCAGAUAUAUUACCGCAUGUCCGAGCACUUGCUCCAAGAGAAAAAAAUCACCUGUAUUGAUUGAUCUCCUCUUUUGCCGUGCUGGGGUUGGUUACCACCACAGUAUUGCAGGAAUGUGUGUUAAGUGCAGGGGCGUCGCACCCGUGGGGACCACACUUUUCCCGGUGAGAGGGUUCAACACCCGCACUUUUUCUGCAGUUUUUCCGCAGUUUUGAAUACAGCAGUCACUCCUCCAUUUCUGUGGCCGCUCUGUGUCUGCGCUCGCUGCUGCUGCCUCCUCUCCCCUCCCUCUCAAACAUGACACCGACUUUGAGUGUGACCGGCUGAUGAUUGGCUGUUCUGCCUUAAGUCCCGCCUCUCUUGGUGUGUUAGAUUUAUCGGUCAGCUUGUGCUGAGGAGGCGGGAACUUAUGGUUAUGGUUAUAUACAUCUCCCUUUUCCAGCAAAUGACUGUAAAAGAAGGUGGAAGGUGCUAAGGGAUGCCUUUGCAAGGAGCAGAAAGCAGAAAAAUCUUCCUAGUGGCUCUGCUGGUGGAACCAGCCGAGAAUGGAAAUAUGAGCAAAUAAUGUCCUUUUUAUAUCUGGACAUAUGCAGUCCAGAAGCUCCAGACACACUCUGCAAUUUGCAGAUGUAGCUGUGGACAUGACUGUGGCACUAGAUGAUGUGGAUCCAGAACUAGCUGACCUUUCAAGGUCAAGUUCUCCACCUCAACAGAGAUCUGUAACCCCAACACCUUCUACAAAUUCACGAUCUGACACCUCCUCAGCCUAUCCCAGCAUGCAAGCUCUAAGUACUGAGAGUCAGACAACAAGACAGAAGAGGAGGAGGUCAAAUGAUACAAAUGCAACAGAGCAACAGCUAUUGGACAUUUUAACACAACCAACCACAACACCAUCACCGUAUAUUCCAAACGAGGGAGACGAAAUGUACUAUUUUGUGCUUAGCUUAGUACCAAAACUUAGAAGACUACUUCCACAGAACCAGACAAGGGCACAGGUUCAUAUAUUGACUUACCUGUCAGAACUAGAAGCAGAAGAACAAAACAUGCAACAAAGCCACACUACAACCCACCCAUUCACAAGCAGUCAGCAGCCACACAGUUAUGGAUUUCAUCAAUACCGCCCAACCUCCCCUCACCAUCAAAGCCACACUCAGCAGCUCCACACAGAUAUCUUUGACAAAGCAACACCUUCUUCUGCAAGAUCUGGCCAACAACAAGGUUCAUCUAUGGAAGACCCAUAGCCACUGGUCUAUCAUCAUUUACACUAAUUUUCUUUGUUCUCCGACAUUUAAUUUUGCAUCAUUACUUUAACAGUUUCACUACUGUGUUGUAAUGUCAUGAUUGUUAUUUAAUGUAGUAAUCUAAUUUCAUUAUUUGC